AUUUAGUUUAACAAAGAGAAGGGCAUGACUUGAUCAGUCAAUAUGUACCUACACAAGGCAGAGAAAUUGGAUAAUGGGGGCUCAUCAAUAUAGCUAACAAAGGUAUAACAAGAUCCAUUGGCUAGAACUUAAAGCUGGACAGGUUUAGACUGGAAACCAGGUGCAAAUUUUUAAACAGUGAGGAGAACAACUUACGAGGGUUUUGGUGGAUUCUCCAUUGCUCCAAAUUUUUAAUCAAGCUGGGAUGUUUUUCUGAGCAUUAUCCUCUAGUGUGAACAGGAAUUAAUUCAGGGCAGGUCUCUGGCCUAUGCUGUGCAGGAGGUCAGACAAGCUGAUCACAAUGGUCCCUUCUGGCCCUAUAAUCUGUGACUCCUGGCCUGGGCACAGCAGACUAGGUUCUCGUAGUAUCUGGCCCUACCCAAAGAUAAUCUGUUCAUUGUCCCCUGAGUUGAGAUCUCUUGUGCCAGCAAGAUGGCAGAAAUCCUCAGCUCUGACUUAUGCUGCUCCAUCUUGGAGUUUUAUGCUGCAAAAUGGAACUGGGGUAGAAAGUUUGCUCUGUGCAAUAGCUGGGGCUGUUUCUUAUCUGGGUCCAUUUGGCUUAGCCUUGUCUCUGAUGCUGUCAAAGCUGCCCCUGGCUGUCGCUAAGGUCUCCUUAGCAGUUAUUUCUGCCUAUCCUGUCCCUGUGAGUGGUGUUUCUCUAUCUCCCGCUAAUACACAUUUUGCUCUUACUGCUUAUACCAUUAUAUUUUACACGGGACUGAGGCUGGAUUCCCACACCAGUAAUGGCCAGCAUCUCUGCUCUGCCUUGUGGAACUCAACAGAGUUUUGUUUUCAGCCGUGUUCCGGCACAGGGGCCUCCCCAGUUCCCUGCUGGUUUUGCCUGUAGGGAAGGGAGGUUUGGCCGUAACUGCCAGGAACAGUGCAACAAUGACCAGGGCUGCAAGGGACUAAGCUUCUGCCUGCCAGAUCCAUACGGCUGUUCCUGCGCUUCUGGAUGGAGUGGCUUACAGUGCAGUACAGCCUGCCCCCUUGGACGCUAUGGCGCAGACUGUGCCCUGGAGUGUCACUGCCAAAAUGGAGGCACCUGCAACCGCUUCAGUGGCUGUGUUUGCCCAUCAGGGUGUCAUGGGGAGCGCUGCGAGAAAUCAGAUCGGAGUCCCCAGAUCAUCAACUUGGCCGCAGAGCUGGAGUUUAACCUGGGUUCCCAGCCUGUGAUCAGCUGUAUGGCCACGGGCAACCCGCCCCCAGUGCGAGACAGCAUCGAGCUGCGCAAGGCUGACGGGACAGUGCUCACGUCGAUUAAAGCCAUCAUGGAAACAGACAAAACCACCUCUGAGUUCCUGGUGCCAAUGCUCACCGAGGCAGACACGGGCCUCUGGGAGUGCAGAGUUUCCACCAGCGGGGGACAGGACAGCCGGAGAGUCAAUGUCAAUGUCAAAGUCCCUCCAGUGCCACUGAGGCCUCCCCGGCUGCUGGCCAAGCAAAGUCGGCAGCUUGUGGUUUCCCCAGUGGAUGGAUUCUCUGGUGACGGCCCAGUCACCUCCAUCAAACUGCUCUACAAGCCCAAGGACAACACCUCGCCUUGGUCAUCCAUUGUGGUUGACAACAGUGAAAACAUCACACUCAUGAACCUACGGCCAGUCACGGCCUACCUGGUCAAGGUGCAGCUGACUCGCCCUGGUGACAAAGGGGAAGGUGCCAUGGGACCGCAGGCGGUCAUGGUGACAGAAUGUCAAGAACCCACAGCCAAGCCUGUGAUCGAAGGCUGGUCUGUAGAGGGGAAGAACACGCUUCAUGUUAAUUGGAACUUGCCAAAUAACUACGAGCCAGCAAAUGGGUUCGUUGUACGUCUCUUGGACUCAGCAAAAGUGCUUGUCCGUGAGAUGAAUAUAACCUCCAUGUUUGUGCACUCUGCCCGCAUCCCUAACCUGGAGUUCAACAAGGAGUAUGGCCUGGAAGUGUUGGUCUAUCACUGCACCAGCCUGGGCCCUCCAUCUGACCUCUACAAGGUCAUGAUCAACAGCAAAGGCCCCUCCUCCCCCAGAUCUCUCCACGCAGAGCCCCUCACGGACACUAUCGUCAAACUCACCUGGCAGGCCCCUGAGUAUCCCAACGGGGGUGUCAGUAAGUACAUUGUGGAGCUGCAGCAGCUGGGUGGGGCCAGUGAGCCACAGUGGGUUGACACGGACAGCGGUGGGGAGACCACGAAGACCAUCCCGGGCCUCAACGCCAGCACAUGCUACCAGUUCCGGGUCCGAGCGAACUCCCAUGUGCCUGGGGAGUGGAGUGAGCCUGUGAAGGCGGAGACCCUGGGGGACGGUGCCUUGAGCGAGGUGCCCAGACUACAAAGCCAGGACAUGCAGCCCUCGGGAAUAGACCAGCAGCUGCUCAUGGCCAUCAUUGGCUCCGUGUCCGUCACCUGCCUCACCAUCCUUUUUGCCCUCUUGGCACUUUUCCUUAUCAAGAAGAAUUUUUUUCACCGGCGCCGGACCUUCACCUACCAGUCUGGCUCAGGGGAAGAGACCAUCCUGCAGUUCAACUCAGGGACCCUGACCCUGACCCGCCGGCCAAAGCCCCAGCCUGAGCCCCUCAGCUACCCCAUCCUGGAGUGGGAGGACAUCAAAUUUGAGGAUAUGAUUGGAGAGGGGAACUUCGGGCAGGUCAUCAGGGCAAUGAUCAAAAAGGACGGCCUGAAAAUGAAUGCAGCCAUCAAGAUGCUGAAAGAGUUUGCCUCAGAGAACGACCACCGGGACUUUGCGGGGGAGCUGGAGGUGCUGUGCAAACUGGGACACCACCCCAAUAUCAUCAACCUGCUGGGGGCCUGUGAGAACAAAGGCUACCUGUACAUUGCUAUUGAGUAUGCUCCCUAUGGGAACCUGCUAGAUUUCCUCCGGAAAAGCCGAGUCCUAGAGACUGACCCGGCCUUCGCGAAGGAGCAUGGGACGGCAUCUACCCUCACGUCCCAGCAGCUCCUCCAGUUUGCUUCCGACGUGGCCAAGGGAAUGCAGUAUCUAAGCGAGAAGCAGUUCAUUCACAGGGACCUGGCAGCCAGGAACAUUCUGGUGGGGGAGAACCUGGCUUCCAAGAUCGCCGACUUUGGCCUUUCCCGAGGGGAGGAGGUCUAUGUGAAGAAAACCAUGGGCCGCCUGCCAGUUCGCUGGAUGGCCAUCGAGUCACUGAACUACAGCGUGUAUACCACCAAGAGCGAUGUGUGGUCCUUUGGGGUGCUGUUGUGGGAGAUUGUCAGCCUGGGAGGAACUCCUUACUGCGGGAUGACGUGUGCCGAGCUCUACGAGAAACUGCCGCAGGGAUAUCGUAUGGAGAAGCCCCGCAACUGUGAUGAUGAGGUGUAUGAGCUGAUGAAGCAGUGCUGGCGAGACCGCCCCUACGAGCGCCCGCCCUUCGCUCAGAUCUCCAUGCAACUUAUCCGGAUGCUGGAGGCCAGGAAGGCCUAUGUGAACAUGGCCUUAUUCGAGAACUUCACGUACGCCGGCAUCGACGCCACAGCGGAGGAGGCCUGAGGGCGAGUGGAGCACAGCGCUGGGAGCCCUGUAAAUAACACACCCCGACUUGCCGCACUUGGACGCCAGGGGAGGGACAUGGCCUCUGCCCCGUGUGGGGCAUGCAGUAAAUGGCCUGCUCCAGCAUGGAGAGUGGAGACGAGGAACUGCCCUUUGUCCUGGAGUAGGAACUUGCCUGGGGGCAGUUUCUGGCUAACAUGAUACCCCCAUAUUCUGCAGCCAGAUUCCUGGCUGAACGGCAGCUUCUGCCCCCCAGUCCGCUCAGGCAGGACUGCCCUGCGCUUGCUGCCCUCUCUGCCGGUCUCUGCAGUGCAGCUCUACACCAGUGGCAGGGCCAGCCAAUGGGCCAGGCUGUCCCUGUCUCAUGCCCCUCCCCGCUCUCCCAAUCCUUGCUGCAGGCAGGCGCUGUGCGUGGCCGAGGACAGGGGCAGGGAGGCCUGUCUCCCCUUGAGCCCAUGGACACUGGGGCCUUCUCUGAAGCUGAAGGAUGUGAUACCAGCCCCUUGCUGCCCGAAGAGAGGCACAAAGACUUGUCCUGGGUAAAGGACAGACUUGGAAACAGCCCCAAAUGUAGAGCCCUCGUCCCCACCUCCAGCCCCAGUGUUUCAUGUGUGGCUGCUCAGCUUCCCUGCUGCCCGUGGGCUCUCGGAACUGACUCGCUGUGCAGCUGGACCUGGCCCGGCACCAUGCGGCCAGCGCACUGGCACACAGAGCUGUGCAAACAUUGCUCCUGGAUGCUGGAGACCCUCUGGGACAGGGCGAUCAGGGGAGUCUGAGAGGAAGGAUUCCAGCGCUGGCCUUUGGAACACCAUGGAGGAGUAAAAUAUUCUAGGCUUGGCCCCAGGCUCCUCUCUGACCUGCCAGAGACCAGUGGGUGCCACGACUUGUGCUUUACGGUUAAUAAAGGAAGUCUAAGGGAC